AUGGAUGGAUUCAAGCCUUACGUACCUGCUGCCACAAAAGUUUCUUUCAAUGAUAAGAGAUAUCACGUGUUUCUGAGUUUCAGGGGAAAAGAUGUGAGAAAAACUCUGGUUGAUCAUCUCUUCCAAGCUCUCUCCGCAGCUGGAUUGAAUGUGUUUCUUGACAGCUACCAUUUGAAAAGGGGAGAAAUCAUUGAUUUAAGCCUGGAAAGAGCGAUUGAGAGCAGUGCCAUACGCAUUCCUAUAUUUUCCAAAGGAUAUGCAAGCUCUGCAUGGUGUCUGCAGGAGGCAGCCUUAAUGUUGGGUUCUCCUGGGUUGAUCAUUCCUCUCUUUUAUGAAAUGGAACCAACCCAUGUUAGAUACCCGGAUAAUGAAUCCAGUCCGUACAAGAAGUCGUUUGAAAAGCAUUAUAGACAUCCAGAUCGAUAUUUAAGAGAGGAGAUUGAUGGGUGGAAGAAUGCCCUUCAACAGAUCUGCUGUCGCUCAGGCUGGUCCCUGGAUAUGACUGGAGGCUUCGAAGCUCAGCUAGUGAAGAAGGUGGUGAAUGACAUAAUAAAGACACUUGACAGAGUGCCCUUAGAAGUUGCCAAAUAUCCAGUGGGAUUGGAAGCCCUGAGAAAUGCCCUCCUUCAAAAAUUACAUCUCAAUUCAGCCGGAAGAGUGGUUAAAGUAGGAAUAUGGGGUAUAGGCGCUAUUGGCAAGUCCACAGUUGCAAAGGCCGUGUACAAUGAAGUUUAUGAUUGUUUUGAUGCUGCUACAUUUUUAUUUAAUGUGCGCGGCACUAGCCUUACAAAAUUGCAGGAGAAAAUUUUAAAAAAUUUGGUGAACUAUAGUGAGGAAGUGGAGAGUGUUGAGAAGGGCAUAUCCUUGUUGAGAGGUCGAUUGGGUGGAGUGCGUGCCCUCCUCAUUUUGGAUGACGUGGAUGAUCGCCUACAAUUGGAUGCCUUGGCUGGGGAUUGGCUUGCCUCUGGCAGCCGAGUCAUCAUAACUUCUAGAGAUAAACACAUUCUCAAUGCUGCUCACAUUUCAUCCGCAUGCAUUCACCAGAUGAGCGGAUUGGGGAGAAAUGAAAGUCUCCAGUUGUUUAGUUGGCACGCCUUCCUCAGACCAUCCCCAAUUCCCGGUUAUGAGGAGCUCUCCAAAAGAAUAGUGGAGACUUGCAAGGGGCACCCUCUUUCUCUGGAAGUCAUCGGAGCUUUCUUGUAUGACAAGCAGGAUGACAGUGACAUUGAUUGCUGGAAUGAAACUGUAGACAACAUUACAGUGAAUAGAGACAUAUUUAAAACACUCUACAUCAGUUAUAGUGGUCUUAGUACUGAGGAAAAGGAAAUAUUUUUGGACAUUGCUUGCUUUUUUAUUGGAGAACGCAAAACUUCUCCCAUUGUUUUCUGGAAAUCCAUGUACAAGAACGUGGGCAUUGCUAUCUCUAAUCUAUCAAUGAAGCUGCUGAUAAAGAUAGACAAGAGAAAAGUAUUUGAUAUGCAUGACCUCGUGCGAGACAUGGGGCGAAUCAUUGCUGAAAAAGAGCAAACCCGGCAAUGGCAGACUGCCCAGUCAAGCAGGUCAUUCAAAUAUGCUAGCAAUAUCAAUACAUCUUGCCUUCGUCUCUAUAAAGGUGAUUUACGGUGUCUUGAAAUGUUGUGCACAUCUAGUCUUCGCUAUCUUCAUUUGGAGCAAGUUCACAUAGAAGAUACCAUACACAGUCUUCCUCCGAGUUUGAUAUGGCUAAAGGUGGACUCUUGUUCCUUUCCAAUCACAAUGCACAGCUCAAACUUGUUCGACUUAAUUUUAGGAACGGAAAAGAAAUCUACCUUUAUUGUAGGCAGCAUAUCGCAAUUGAGGAUCAUGGACUUGACCAACUGCAGACCCUUACAAAACGUCCCUGACACCAUUAGUCAUUUGUCACUUUUGCAGUCAUUGAAAUUGUCUGGAUGUCAGAGAUUGGAUUGUCUUCCUAACACCAUUUGCAACCUCUCACAACUGCUAUACUUGAAUUUGAGUUACUGUGAGAAAUUAAGAUACCUUCCUGAGAGCAUUGGAAACUUGUCACAGCUGCAGUACUUGAACUUAACUUGUUGUAAAAUCUUACUUAAACUUCCUAACAGCAUUGGCAAGCUCUCACAGUUGAAGCAAUUAAGUCUGAGCUGGUGCAAAAAAUUACAGAGCCUUCCAGAAACAAUUAGCGACUUGUCAAAGCUGGAAAAAUUGGAUAUGCUGAGCUGUUAUUCUGCAUGGAAGUCAAUUCCUUAUGCCAUUUUGAUCCAGCCGACACUAUACCUUUUAGGAUUACCUCCUGAGGUGGAGAGCUGGCGGAGGCUUCUAGUGCAGAAACCAUGUCUUAGGGAGAAUCAAGAUCAGAUGGAGAAGCAUACUUCUCGAGAGUCUAGUCGAGCUUCUAGGAAAGCCAUGGCAGAAUUUAGGGCAAUCUUAGCCCGUGAAUGCCGUAAGUAA